CAGCAAAAAGGAGUCUACAGCACUCGGUGUUCCCAGGCGGUCACCCAUCCAAGUACUAACCGAGCCCGACGUUGCUUAACUUCAGUGAUCGGACGAGAACUGGUGCUUUCAACGUGGUAUGGCCCAAAAAGGAAUCUACAGCACUCGGUGUUCCCAGGCGGUCACCCAUCCAAGUACCAACCGAGCCCGACGUUGCUUAACUUCAGUGAUCGGACGAGAACUGGUGCUUUCAACGUGGUAUGGCAGUAG